AUGUUACCUCCGUGUGAGGACCUGCCAAAGGACACGACCCCAGAGGAGCCGUGGCUCGAGCAGACACUUAUCGGCGUGUUUAAGGUGUGGCACGUCAUCUUCUCCGGACUUUUCUCAGGGCUGGCCAUAGUGAUUGUGUUGUGCUGUCUAUUCCGGUGUCGAAUACCGCGAACUAAACAGGAAAUUGAAGCCGAUUUUGUCCGGAGAAGGAUUACGAAAGUGUUUAGAAAUCAUUUAAACAAAAUUAAAAUUGAAGACUUAGAGGCACAGCCAACCAAUUUGCUUCCAGUGCUUCAAAGAGUGGAGAAGUUGGAAACGACUCGUAUGAACAAACAGGUGUCGUUUGAAGCGGGAAAGCCUUCGUGGAGACAGAAGUUGAGGGCUAUGUUUGCGAUGGAGAGGGAAAUGACGACCAGUUCCUCCAUAGAGGACGAGAACGCGAGCGCCAAAUACGACGACAACGAAGGCCUGAGCGAAGCCGACAGAGCGCUCAGGAAACAGAUGGACGCAGAGAAGAAGGUCGAAGACGAGAUCCGUAUGACUGAAAUCGACAAAACUGUCGACAGCGCGAAGAUUGACGGCUCAUCUUUUAAUGUAAUUUCAGAUCAAUUUACGAUUUUAAUGGGAUUUGAAUCCAAGAAAGAAAGGGAUAAAAGAGAGAAAAUUGAAAGAAAACAAAAACAAAAGGAAGAAAAACAGAAAGAAUUGGAGGAAAAGCAGGAAAAGAAAGAGAAAGAAAAGGCCGAGAAGUUCGAGAAGAAGAGACGAGAGAUUGAAGAAAAAUUAUUGAAAGAAGAGACAAAAAUUAAAGCAAAACGAGAAAAAAUUGGGAGAAAAGACACCGAAAAACCAAAUAACGAAAUCAGUAUUGAAGUGAACGGAAACGUUGAAGAAGUGAUUGAAAAUUGCUUAAAGACUACAGAAUCGGAGGUCCAGAAGAGUGAGUUGAGUGAAGACGAGAAGUCAGGUAUUGAUGUGAAGGAAGACAUCGAAAAAAUGAGUUCUAAAGACAAGAAAUCGAUGGAAAAAGAGGAGAGAAAACAGAAGGAGAAGGAGAAGAAGGAAAAGGAAAGGGAAGACAAACGACUCAAAGAGGAGAAAAAGUUGAGAGAAAAAGAGGAGAAAAAAGAAUUAGAAGAAAGACUUAAGAAAGAGAAAGAAGAGAAGAAAUUGAGAGAAAAAGAGGAGAAAGAAAAAGCAAUUAAAGCAAAAGAAAAAAAAACUAGUGAUGAAAAACAUAGGAAAACGAGAGAUAAAGAGAAGGAAUCGAAAGAGAAGUCAAAGGAUAGGGAAAAGAAAGAGAGGCCUAAGGAUAGGGAAAAGAGUCAAAAGUUAGACAAAACGGAUGAAAAAGAAUCAAAACAUAAAACUAAAGAAUCAAAACACAAAAGCGAUUCAAAAGCCGAAGAAAAGGCAACGAAAGAGAGGAAAGAGAGAGACGACAUGAAAACAAAACCUGAAAAAAGUAAAAAGUCGUCGAAAACAGAGAAAAAGUCGGACGAAAGGGAAAAAUCGCGAGAAAAAAGCGAUAAAUCGGAUAAAGACUCGAAGAAACACAAAGACAGAGACGACAAGAGAUUGAGAUCUAAAGAGAGAGAAAUUGAGAGAAAAUUAGUGAAACAAAAACGAAGCGAAGAAAUCAUUCAAAUUGAAUUUGAAGGCACAAUCAUAUCGCAAACCGACAGCAAUAGGAUAUGUAUUGUACCGAUCGAUGAACAAAACAUAGACAUUGAGAGCAUUGACAGACAAUCGGUCGCAACGACCACUACUAGUGGCACGAGUUAUGCCACAAAUACAAGCGCUCAUCGCAUGAGUCGCGAAGAAAAGACCAGAAAACUGGUUGACAUUCAAAGAAGUAAAAGCAAAGACUCGACGAGAAGUGAUGUCCGGAUUGAGAUCGAAGACGAGUUCGGCAAUCAAUCGGUCGAUACUCUGGUCGACGACAACAAUCAGAGCUCUUGA